GGCGAUGCUUAUCCGGACGGAGCUCCCGGCAAGCCAAGGCAACAAUCGCCUGCCUGCCUGUUCACCACCGCGCCCACGCUAUAAAAACCCGGCCCGCCGAGCCACUCAUCACAGCAUCCACAGCAAAGCAAAGCAGCAAGUGUUUCCAAGCGUUCAUCAGUAGUAAGAGGUGCCAUGGCGGACAUCGCGUUGCUGGUGGCGGAGGAGUUCGAGAAGAGGGUGAAGCGGGGAGCCCCCGGCGCCAGCGGCGAGGCGGACGGUAGCGGCGAGAGGAGGAACUUCGGGGCCGUGGCCAAGGUGUGGAGCUCGUGGGUGGAGUCCGCCUCGGCCGCCGCGUCCGGGGUGAGGGUCAACGUCGCCGUGCAGCUCAGGGAGCUGGAGCCCAAGACCGGGCUCGGCCUGGCCGCCGUCGACGGCCUCUUCUCCGCUUAAUUAGUAGUCUCUACUCUCUUUUGAUUCGGCGGAAGAGUAGUGUUAUGAAUGCCUCUUCCCCCCGGAGUGAUCAAUCAAAAUGGAUCAUAUGCCGGUGUAACCUGUACAUUCAUAAUCUGAAAUCAAAUAUAAUCUCUCCAGUCUCCAUUUUCACCAA